UUGAUCGCUUCUUUUUGACUUCCUUUCCUUCGUUUGCAAGCAAUGCGUAAACAUUGAAAAAUACAGGCCAAAAUUGCUAUAUAUUCACUGAAAGGUGGCUCAGUUUUUCUCAUUCAAAAGCUUACCUACUGAAUUAUUUAGGCUCUUUUGUAAGGUGAGAAAUGGAAGCAAGAACCAUGGAAUUUGAUCCUCAGUUGUAUCUUUAUUUUCAGGUGGGAAAGGAAACAAUCAGCGAGGGAAUGAAGCGUUUGCGAAAUUUGGCACACUGGUACAACUCGAUUCCAGAAAAGGCCGGAUUAUUUGAUGAAAUCAUCACUUAUCUUCAAUCUCUUCAACAACAAAUUAAGGAGAUUGAAUCUUUAGCGCAACGGGGAGAAGCACAUGUAUCUUCCAAUAUCAAUACAACAGAUCUGCACCACGGGCAGGAAAUUACCCAAAUAAGAGAACAAAAUAAAGAGAUUGAGAUGGUGAUGAAUAAAGAUGUGGAGAAUUCAUCAUGUUCUAAACGGAAAAGGCGGUCAAAGGUUUGGGAAGACUUCACAUACUCUGUAGGCAAAGAUGGGAAAGAAUGGGCUCAGUGUAAUCACUGUAAGAGAAAGUUUGAUGGAUCAAGUAAGAGUGGAACCACACAUCUCAAAAAUCAUUUGAAAAGCUGCCCAGUUUUGAAAAAUCCAAGUGGAGUUUCUGAUAAAGCAAAAGAGAAAAGUGUGAUUGAUCUAGAAUUGAAUGGCUCUGAUUUGUUGCAAAAGAUUAUUAAGUAUCGGCUAGAAUGCAUAAAGGAUGAUAUACUUAAUGUUUACCAAGAAGAGAAGGAUAAGCUUCGUGGAUAUUUAGAUAAACUCCCAUGUCGACUUAAUGUGACAAUUCAGCGUGAUGACUUUGGUGGGUGGUCAAUGAAAAUCUGGUUUAUUAAUGAUAGUUGGGAGUUGAAAAAUUGGAUUAUUUGUUUUGGAGAAUACAAUCAUGAUUUCGUUGAAAGUGUGAAGUCUUGGCUUGUGGAUUGGAACAUAGACAAAAAAAUUUCUGCGAUAAGAGUUGGACAUUUUGAUGAUUUUGAAGAGAAGGAAGAAGAGAAUAUUUGCAAUUGGUUGAAUGAACGAGGUUCACUUUCCUUCACUGGGAUUUGUCUUUCGGUUUCUUCUUUAUUACAAAGAAUUAAAAUUGAUAUCCAUUUAAUUUGGUUGGCAAACAAUUUGCGACAAGAUAUUUCAACUAAAUUGGAUAAGCUUUCGGACUACGUUAGAACAAAUGAAAUUAAGUUUCAAUCAGCGAUUGAAAAAGCUGUGUCCAUGGGCAAAACAGUAACUUCAGAACCUGCUCCUCCAUCACGGGUGGGACGCAAGUAUGUGAUUGAGUGGGCAAUGAGAUGUAAAGAAGCAUUUUGUGUACUGGAGGAUAUAGAUCCUGAUUUCAAGUCUAUAAAUUUUAUAAAAGAGGAUUGGGAUGAGACAACUUUACUGUAUAACAGUUGGAAAAUGUUAAAUGAUUGGAGAAAAGAUGUCGAUAACUUGUUAUAUCCUAAACAUAAAACCGCAAAUGAGUAUUUCCCAAUGAUAUGUCAGAUUUUUUCGAAAUUGGUUCAAAUGGGAAAAAGUGAUAAUCGUUAUAUUUGCGACAUUGCAUCACAUUUUCGAAAUAAUUUUGAUGAAUGUUGGAACAAUUCUAAGUUGGUUUUAGUGACUACAGUAAUUUUGGAUCCACGAUUCAAAAUGGAUUUUAUUGUAGAAAAAUUCUAUAAAGAGAUGUAUGGUAAUGAUGCAAAUGCAUGUCGUAGCAAAAUCAUUGAUGAUAUUACAAACAUUUUCAACAAAUAUGCAAAGAAAACUAAUAAUUCUAUGUCAUCAUCUUCUCAAGAAUCAGAACUCAACUGCUAUUUGAGUGAUUCCAAGUGCCAUUCAGAUGAAGGGUUUGAUAUACUAAAAUGGUGGCGUCUCAAUUCUUCAACUUAUCCAACACUAGUUAGAAUGGCACGUGACUUUUUAUCAAUACCUAUCUUUGUUAUCGAUGAAGAUGAUUCCUUUAGCGAUGAAGUUACAAAUGUUCAUGAUUGUCUUAAAAAUCUCAAUGAUGAUGAUGACUUCAAAUGUAAAUUCGCAUGUACAAGAUUUUGGUUGAACAAUCUUGAAAAUAAUUAA